UCCAGCCUCACACAGGCGCCUGCACAAAACUGACGGCCAGACGGAUCCUAGGGAGCAGGUUUAUCCUCCCUCUCUGUUGGAAAUGGCCUUCCAGCUUCACGUGUCUCCUGUCACCCCUGUGGCUGGAGGUGGCCAUGGUGACUGCAUGGACCCUGGACUUUUCAGAAACCUGGACUUCAUUACUGUGUGGCCGACUGUGCAGUCAGGGCCUGGCACACUGAUGGACCAGUGAAAGGAGCCAAGGGCCAUCCACCUUCAUCCCCUCUAAGUCCCAAGAGAGCCACCUGCAUGAUAUGCAAAUUAAUGCAUGAGAGAGUUCUUCGCACCCCACUUAGCCUUCAGGAGUUGAUGAGUCAUUGCACAGACAUUUACUGAGCACCAGCUGUAUGCCUGCUGGUGCCUGUACGGCAGACCCCACCAAGAGAGACCUGGCCCCCUCCCAGACUCUCCUUUCCCACAGACCGCAGCUGCUCCACCGCCAGCACAGCUACACCAGGACCCAUGGACACCUUCAGCACAAAAAGCCUGGCUCUGCAGGCUCAGAAGAAAGUCCUCAGCAAGAUGGCCUCCAAGGCCAUGGUGGCCGUGUUCCUGGAUGACACCAGCAGUGAGAUCCUGGAUGAACUGUACCGGGCCACCAAGGAGUUCACGCGCAGCCGGAAGGAGGCACAGAGGGUGGUGAAGAACCUGGUGAAGGUGGCCGUGAAGGUGGCCGUGCUGCUGCGGGCUGGCCAGCUGGACGGCAACGAGCUGGCCCAGCUGCGGCGGUUCCAGGGCCGGGUCCGCAGCCUGGCCAUGACCGCACUCAGCUUCCAUCAGGUGGACUUCACCUUCGACCGGCGCGUGCUGGCCGCAGGGCUGCUGGAGUGCAGGGACCUGCUGCACCAGGCGGCCGGCCAGCACCUCACCGCCAAGUCCCACGGCCGCAUUAACCACGUCUUUGGCCACUUUGCCAAUGGCGACUUCCUGGCCGCGCUGUACAGCCCGGCAGAGCCCUACCGGAGCCACCUGUGCCGCAUCUGUGAUGGCCUAGGGAGGAUGUUGGACGAGGGCGGCAUCUGACCUGGAGCCAGCCACCUGAGGACUGCCCUCCACUGGUGACUGGUCCCCAGAACACAGAAGCAACCGCCUGUGCCUGAGGCAGUGUCUCCUCUGCUUCCCCUACUGUAACUCAUCUGCUUUGUCCCUUCCUCCUACUUCUGAGACAGGUCUCAUGUAGCUCAGGCUGACCCCAAACUCCCUACGUAGCUGAGGCUGGCCAUGAACUCCUGAGCCUUCGGCUCCCAUCUCCAAUCACUGGAGGACACUGAUGCCUCACUGUCUAGGCAUUCUCAUGCUUUCAAAUAAGGUUGUCGGGAAUUGGGAGGAAAGAAUUGUACACCCUCAACCCCUGCCCCCUGCCAAACGACUGUUUCCUAAGCCUCAGGACCUCCCAAGGUGCUUUAGGAAAUGGACUUGAACAAGUCUGAGCCUGCCACAGAAGGUCCUUGUAGAGCCAUUAGCACAAGAAGGCUCUCUCCGCCAAUGCUGCAGGGACUGGGCAUAGAGAAAGACUGAUGCUCCUGCCAACCAAGGGCACACCGGCAGACAGAUGCUGGGUGUGGAGCGACAGCUUCUCACCAUGGCUGGGGAAGGAGUGACUCCAGGCACACUUCCGAGUUGGGAUCUGACUCUUGAAGACUCGAUCUAUUGCUCUGCGAUCCUGUUAGGAGACUGCGCCCAGGCAUUUAAGAAAAGGAAGGAACAGUGCAGGUGAGAUGGCUCAGCAAGUAGGGCGCUUGCUGCCAGGCCUGAUGACUGAAGCGUGAUCCCCAAAACCUACAUGGUGCUAAGAGAGAACCAGUUUUGGAAAGCUGGCCUCUGACCUCCAUGUGAACACAGCCACACAGAGCCACUCCCGGCUAAGGGCAGGGGCCACUUCUAGAGCACAGAAGGAGGAAAGAUAGGAUUUUCCGUCAAACUUGGGGAACCUCAGAAAUCCAGUCCAUCUCAGAGGCUGUCCCCAGCUUCAUUGCAGGGUCAAGCCACUGGAAACAAGUAUGUGUUAAAUUAUAAUUCCGUAUUUGGGAAACAAA